CAAAUAACAAUUUUUGACGCUAGUUACAAAAUUAUUAAUGUUAUAUAUACACAAAAGGGCCAGUGAACGAUUUAUUUUUUUGGGGGCGAGGGCGAGGCAGAGUGAGGCGGGCGAGGUACCUGGGCGGCUGCUGCUGUGUCUGUCUCGUGUCUCCUGCAGUCAUGUCUUGUCCCUCGCAACGCUUCCUUGAGCGGCAACGUAGAGACCCUACGUACCGAUUUGUCAGGAGGGUAAUGAAGAAAGUUAUUAAUGGCAUGUUUGAAGAAUUCGUUGACGAGCAGUUUGAUAAGAUAGUUCUCAUAGAGCUAAAGCAAUUAUGGAAAGAGAAGUAUGCAGCUGAGGCGAAAAUGAAUAAUUCGAAGUCUGAAACUAAUGCAUCAACUAAUUGUCUACAGCUGGAGCCUAUAGGUGCAGAGUUUCUCACGCCAGUGCAGGUAAUGCCAGCUGAAGGUGCCACGGUGCCCAUUAUAACCAAUGAAAAUGUGCUGGAAUCACGAAUUAUGAAAUAUGCAAUGAGGCUAAUGAACAGACUUCUUGAUACUGAUAUGAUUGAGCAGGAUGAUAAACAUGAAGACACCAUCUUGAACUUUGAAGAUAUUAAGGAACUUGAUGGCAUCACCGAGAAUAUUGAUUCAAGUGAAGAUGACAGCACAUCUCAGGAGGAGGAAGAGGAGGAAGAGGAGAAGGAAGAGGAGAAGAAAGAGGAGGAGGAAGAGGAGAAGAAAGAGGAGGAAGAGGAGAAGAAAGAGGAGGAGGAAGAAGAGGAGGAGGAGGAGGAGGAGGUGGAGAGGUCAAUUUGUAGUGACGACGAUGAGACUGAGGAUGAAGUACCACGCAUGUUUGAUACUGAUAAUAUAGUUUUUUGCCAAAUUAAAAAGAUACGUCGAAUGAAAACUAGAUGGACUAUUUUUUUGGAAAAUUGUAUCGCAUCAGUGAAUGGGAAAGAAUAUUUCUUCAAGAAAGGAAUAGCAAAUGGGCGUUUUUUAAAUUAAACAUGUUUUGUAAGUUUUUGUAUAUUUAACUAUAUUUUGAUGGAAAUAAAUUUUAUUUGAACUGAAGGCAUUGUUUAUUUCAUUAAGGUCGGCAAUAGAGUUCAAUGAUUGUAAAAUCUUAUUUUGUACGGUUUUGCCAUUAAGUUAGCCAUUUGUCAUAGUGUGAUCAGUUAGCCAUUUGUCAUAGUGUGAUCAGUGCUAGUGUGGUGGCAGACAUAAUACUUGAUAGCAGUAGCUGUUGACAUCUACUGAGUACAAAACACUGAAGUAAAUUGAAUUAUGUUGAAGAAUGAAACAUUAUUUCAGUGUUCGUUACUCCUCAUGCCUUUUUGAGAGCGCCAGGUUCUGACCCAUGGUCUCUGGUAGGCUAAAACUCCAUCGAUUGACUGUUGACACGGUCUAAUAUAUACACAUCAGCCCAGUAUAGCUCCAGGGAGCCUCUGGGUCUCGCCCAGAAAAUGGCGUUUUCUUACAUUCAAUGCUGGUUUUUUGUAACUAGAAAUAAGAGAUUUAUUAAAAAAUCCAGAGAUGUUUUUAGUAAAGUAGUAUUUUUAACAUACAAAGUUCAUUUUUGGCCAAUAUUUUUAUUUUACAAUAUUGAAUUAUAAAUUAACAUUGCUAGUUAUAGUAUUGCAACUCAGUGAGACACUCAGGAAUUUUCUUAUGAGGGAUGGGGGGAUAAGGCAAAUAUAUUGUACUUAUUUAUUUAUUUGUGUUUAUAUUUAUGCAAAAAACGAACAAUGGAUUUAGUAUAUAACUUCUUAAGUGCUAGGCAUAAACAUUUCUAUAAAAGCAAAAGAGUUGAUGCAGACUUCUGUAAAUGGUUGAAUGUGUGCACAUUAACUACAAGCUUUUAAUUAGAUUACCGGUAUUUUGAUUUAUACAGUAUUACAUUAACAAAAUUUAUGUAUUAAUAUUUAUGUAAAAAGUAUUACAAAAAUUUAAGUUAAUAAUUUUUUUUUAUUCAAUCCUAAUGUUUUGAUAUGUGAUUGCACAAUUACCAGCUUUGUUAAAUUUAUGCAUUUUAUUCCAGAUUCACUUUACCAAACACACUAUGGGAAGGUAUUAACAGUAAUUUCAAAUGCAGGAUUCAAGUUGAUCCAACCAGUAUGGUCUCUCGUCAGAGGCAGGAAGCCUGUACGUAGACUUGUCAAGGUCUUCCCAUGCCAACUGCUGACUUCGCAGUUUCCAUGGGUGCAGAGCAUUUUUUUUUUAUCUUGACGCUCAACCAACUUGUCUCUGGCAUUCAUUUUACUACAUGUCAGAUCAUUUUUUUUAUUGUCAAACAUACACACACACAGACACAUGUACCCUUGAGUACCUAAAUGAACCUGAGAGACAUUAGAGAGAACUUUUUUAGUGUCAGAGUAGUUAACAAA